AUGCCGCCCAAGGCGAAGCAGCGCGCCGCCGCCUCCGCCACCACCACCACCACCACCACCAAGAAGAAGGCCCUCCCGCCGCCCUUCACGCCCGCGCCCCCCGAGCUCGACAAUCUCCUCUUUACCUUCGACCGCUCGCUCGUCUACGUCACGCACGUGGACACGCACCCCGCCUGGUUCAAACGCCGCAUCUUCUACGUGCCCCUGCUGCUCAACUCGGCCUUUGUGCUCGUCCUGCUAUGGCGCCUCUACGCCUUCGGCCCCCACUACUGGGCCAUUGUCAUGUCCAUUCUCGGGAACCAUAACGACACGACCAUCUACUGGGCCGACUCCUCGUGGGGCUCGCUGCUGUGGCGCGUCGGAAAGCGCAUGCUCAUGUUCAUGUUCGACUUUGUCCUGUUCCGCAUCGUCGGUCCCUGGCCCUGGAGCUUCUUCAUCGAGCAGCCCGGCAACCCCGUCAGCUGGCGGUGGAACGUGGGCUUCAGAGAUUCCGAAGUCUAUGUCCGCGUGAGCAGGGGCUGGGGCGCCAAAGACCUGCUGGGCGAGGCUGAAGGAAGCAGCGGCCGCGCCGGCAGCGACAAUCCCUUUUUCAAGACGCGCAUCCUGCCUGCCGUGGACAAGAACCGGCUGCGCGAAAAGACGGGCUACAUGCUCAUGGACGCCGACUUUGACCUCGACUUCUUCGGCAUGGUGGCCGCGACGCAGCUGCUCGACCGCAAAGACAUGACGCUCGACCAUGUCCGCAAGAGCGUCUUUGUCUACGUGGGCGACGCCGACAGCGGCACCGGCCAAUGGGCCGCUUGGGACUGUUCCAAGCUCGACGAAGGCUCCGAGACGGAAGCCAGAGAAAAAGUCAUUGCCUUCAAGGACAAGCUGACAGCCAUGGGCAAGGAGAAUUUGUUCUUCAAAUGGGUCGAGCUCAUCCAAUACGAAAGCAAUGCUCCCGGUGGCUUCACCCCAGAGCGCCAGGCUGCCGCCGCCCAAAAAGUAAAACAGAUGUUUGAAGAUCAGGGUGUCGAUUUUGAGCAGUUUAGCAAGGAAAUAGGAGGCUUGGACGACAUGGCCCGCGUUUAAUUUGCGUGCAUACAUGUGCUUGCAGAAAGAAUGCGCAGUAGGUAGGUACAACAACAGCGAAAAGGCAUAAGCCUGAAAACCACUCAUAGAUUGCGAACAAAAUCCAAAUGAUACCCUGUGUUUUGAACAAUGAUAUUAAUAGAAUAAAC